AUGGCGGACGACUUCCCUGACAGCGGAUCGAGGGACCGCUCCUACCCUAACAGAGACGACGACGACGACGACAACCAUAGCCGCAGGUCGCCUCCUCGCGGACCUCGCGUGCAGUCAAACGACGUUACACACCAACGGUAUCAGGACCACAAGGACGGCUACCGGUCUCCCGCGAGGAAUGAGCUCUCGUACGACGAUGCGCCCCCUGACGACGAGCGGCAGGCGCACGACCCGCGGGACUACUACUACCAAGAGUCCUCUGGCUGGGACGACGAAGGAACCCGCCGCGGCGGCGACCGGGACAGACGGGAUCGUGACGGGCGUGGCUGGUCGCGGUCGCAGGCUGGCGAUGGGCAGUACGACGACUACCGCGCUUCGGGCCGCCCUGCAUCGCCGUCUCGCAAGCUUCAACGAUCGCCCACCGAUACAAUCAUCUUGGAGGGCCUGGCGCCAGAUCUGACGUCAAACGAUGCACACCACUCGAGCCUGUCCUUUGAUUUUGAUGAGGAUCCGAACGAUCGGUGGCCGGUGUACAUGCACUACGCUCGCAGCAGCCGCGACGAACUCGACGCGCGCGGCGUGCGGGCAAGGAAGACUGGAUCUGUCUCACGCGACGCCGGUACCACGCCGUCCCAGAUUCUCGUGUUUUUCCCACUCGCUCCCUCCGUCACCGAAGACGUGCUUGCCGUCGGUGCCUCCAAGCUCGAGCUCGCCGAGAAGCGGUCCGCCCCCAAGCCAUCGGGGGAGGGUCCUCCAAAGCUGAAGUCGACAGCGCCAACCGGGGACGGAGCCGGUUUUGGUGCCAGACCGGGAUCGCUGCACCGUGUCUUCUUGAUGCGGCACCGGAACACGGACGAGUCGCUCAAGUUUGGGUUUGCCGAGUUCUGGACGGUCGAAGACGCGCUCGCUGCGCUCGACAAAUUCAAGCGGCUGCGCGCGUUCACCAUUGCGUCGGCGGCCGUCACCGUCUCAACCAUUCACCUGGGUGUGUUCGUGCCUGAGACGAGGGAGAUUCUCCCGCCGAUCGAGAAGCUAUCGUUCUUCCCGCUUUUCAACCCGACGAUACGCGUCAAGUACUGGGAGUCGAGCGUGUAUCCCAGCCAGAAGCUCGUGACGGAGGCGGCCCCCGAGCAGCCAAAAGCCAAGGUCGACGAAGAGUCGGCCGACGGCGUCAAGAAGAGCAAGAAGCGCAAGGCGGAGGGGGCGCUUCCCGGGACCUCGAAGAAGGCGGCCCCCAUGAUGGGCCAGAUGGCAUUCUGGCAGAAGAAGCACGACGAGAUUCACGAGGGCAAGAAGCAGGCGGAGCUCAACGCACAGGAGAGAGAGCAAGAGAUGAUGGCACGGUCAGGGGAGCGGGCGCCUGUGAAGAUUUCCCUCGCUGGGGGCGGCCUCGCGCCCUCGAGUGCUGAGAGUCGCGGGGCCAUCACAAUCUCACUGUCGAGCAGUGCCUCCGUGGCGUCUGUUUCUGCGUCUACGGCACCAACGUUGGCUGUGCCACGGAAGGAUACGGACGAUGCAUCCACACCCAAAGCCGACGUGGCCAAAACUGUCGCAUCAUACGUCGACCGCGAAAAGGUGUGCUGCCUGCUCUGCAUGAUGAAGUACAAGUCACUCGACGACCUCAACACGCAUGAGCGGUCGAGGAAUCACAAGACGGCCAUGGCAGAUGAGGCCAAGGUCAAGGCGGCGCAGCCGAGGAUAGCAGCACGCGACAAGCGAAUAGCCAAGGCCCUCGAAGAGGCUGGCGGACAGGGCGGCAGUCUGGCGGCGCAGGACGACGACAACGACUCGGCACCGCAGUACAGGGACCGGGCGAAGGAACGACGACAAGUGUUCAGCCAGCCGAACAAACCAGGGGCGCCGCCGCCGGGUGCCAAGUCGGUUCAGCGCAGGGAUGACAACAGCAAGGCCCACAGCAGCAAGACGGGGAGCCGCGAGGCCUCGCCCCCAGUGGCGCCGCUGCAGUCCAAGGGGUCGGCGAUGCUGGCGAAGAUGGGCUGGAGUUCGGGGCAGGGUCUCGGGGCCAAGGGCGAAGGGCGCACAGAGGUCAUCGAGACGCACGCGUACCAGGAGGGCGUGGGCCUGGGUGCCGAGGGAGGCAACCUCGGCGACGCGGCAGAGCUGGCGCGGCGCAAGACGACCAACAGCUACGCCGACUACGUCGACACGGUGCAGGACAAGGCACGGCAGCGGUAUAGCAAGCUCGAGUGA